CGGUGAACGUCGAAAGUCAGUUGUGUCACGAUCUCACGACCGCCGCGACGAGUUUUUUUCCCCGUGUUUGUCACAAUAACACUGGCGAAAGUGACGCCUAUUCACGAGAAAUCUGUUGACGUUCAAAUUGCCAACACAAUCUGAAUCUUCGAUUCGAGAGAAUCUUAUUAUUUCUUUUUAUGGUCAAUAAAAAUUCUCACGAAAUGACCACUGUUAACAAAGAUUUGCAACGAGAACGUGAAAAAUGUACGUUUAAUCCGAUCGAGCUGACGAAUUAUCUCGAUGGAAGUCCGGAGAAAACAGCCAAACGUCGUGAGAGAGAGGAGUAUAUUCUCGGCGACCCCGAUCUGCGGGACUCGGGGGUUCCAACUGCAUACAAAAGUCAUAAAGAGGCUUAUGAAGAUGCGGUGAAACGAGGCUGCAUCAUGCUUAAGAAAAUUCAGCAUCUUCAAGAGCAGGGUAAAGCUGACAUGGAGGCUUUCUCGCAAAUAUUGGGAGGAAUGUUGGGUUCGGCGAUUUUCAAGGAUGGCAAUCCUUUGACACUCCAUUAUGUGAUGUUCAUACCAGCAUUGAUGGGUCAAGGAAAUGUGGCACAGCAAAGUUUCUGGAUUUCCAGAGCCUGGACGUGUAACAUUAUAGGAACUUACGCCCAGACUGAAUUGGGACACGGAACUUUCAUCCGAGGGCUAGAAACGACGGCAACGUACGACGAGAAGACCCAAGAAUUUGUACUUAACAGCCCGACCCUGACGUCCUACAAAUGGUGGCCUGGUGGACUGGGUCAGACCGCCAACUAUGCGGUAGUCGUUGCACAACUUUACACACGUGGAGAAUGCCGAGGAAUACAUCCAUUUAUAGUGCAGUUACGUGAUGAAGAAACUCACGAGCCUAUGCCAGGGAUAAAAAUCGGCGAAAUUGGAGUGAAGCUGGGAAUGAAUGGAACAAACAAUGGAUUUCUGGGUUUCGAUCACGUUCGAAUACCACGAGAUCACAUGCUGAUGAAAAAUUCACAAGUUCUGGAAGAUGGUACGUACGUCAAACCUCCUAACGAUAAAUUGACGUAUGGGACGAUGAUGUUUGUGCGUGUCGUUUUGGUACGUGACAUUGCGAGAUUUUUGUCGAAAGCUGUCACCAUCGCUGUGAGAUACAGCGCCGUACGACGUCAAAGUCAAAUACAGUCAGACGCGCCUGAAUGUCAAAUAAUGGACUUUGUGACCCAGCAGUACAAACUAUUUCCGAACAUUGCGGCUUGUUAUGCAUUCUUAAUGUCGGCAGACUGGAUAUGGGAAAUGUAUAACAACGUAACCGCUGAACUGGAUAAAGGAAGUUUGGAAAGAUUGCCCGAAUUACACGCUCUGGCUUGUUGUUUAAAAGCUGUUGCUUCAUCGGACGCAGCUACUGGAAUCGAGCAGAUACGUUUGGCUUGCGGUGGUCACGGUUACAUGGGUUCGAGUAAUUUACCAUCGACGUAUGGGAUGGUAACUGCGAUGUGUACUUACGAAGGAGAAAACACAGUUUUGUUUUUACAAACUGCACGAUAUCUCCUGAAAGCUUGGAGGCAAGCUCUCGAGGGAAAAUCACUCCCGCCGACCGUCAACUAUUUAACAGUUCAUGCAAAAAGAGGAAAAUCAAGGCCAUGGAAACAAACGUUGACUUGCAUCGUCGUUGCACAUCGAGCGGUCGCAGCUGGAAAAAUUCGUCAAGCAACUGAAAAUAUGGACAAACGCAUACGGAGUGGUCUCUCACCGGAGGACGCCUGGAACCACACGAGCAUAGAAUUCGCUCAAGCAGCGGAGUCGCAUUGCCGGGCUUUCCUGGUGUCCCGAUUCGUCGAGGCCGUUGGAGCCUUGCCAGAUAUGUCGAAAGAAUUGCGUCAGGUUAUUUUUCAACUUUGUGAGUUGUACGCAGUUUAUUGGGUCUUACAGCGUCUGGGAGAUUUUCUUCGGUUCUCGUGCUUGAAAAUCCAAGAUGUGCCUUCGCUUCAAAAACGUUUGGAAGAAGUUUUGGCAGCGAUUCGUCCCAACGCCGUAGGUUUAGUAGACGGUUUUGACAUUCGAGACGAGAUUUUGGGCUCUGCGUUGGGUGCUUACGAUGGGAACGUUUACGAAAGGCUCUUUGCAGAAGCGAUGAAGAGUCCUCUGAACCAAGAGAGCGUGAAUAAAUCCUUCCACUUGUAUCUAAAGCCGCUUUUGAAGAGCAACAUGUAGCGUCACGUAGAAAAAUUCAUCAUUUGAUAUCUCGACAAUUGUACUUUAAUAACAAAACGUAAAAGUCUUCCAAAAUAUUUGUUGCCAAGGCCGUUUACGAGGUAUUCUAAUUCUUUGAACAAAAAAAAAUUGGGAACAACAUACUUUUAAUACUAUUUCAUCUUCGGAAUCUGAUUUAUAUCAGCAUCGAUGAAUUGUAAAAAAUCAAAAAACCUUUAGCUGCUAAAUCGUCGAACAAAUCCAGUGCCUUUCAAUUUUUGCUUCGAUACUUCAAUGUUCGAGAAACAAGAAACUAUUGUCGUGCAAAACAAUCGACUGAAAGUUAUUCAUAUGCAAAAAAAUAAUUGUUGUUUCCAUAUUAUUUACUAUCAUAGUUACGAACAAUUCCCUGACAGGGUAAUCGUGGAUCUUAUUUCACAUCUUGAACAAUUUUUACUGUAUUCCUGUAAAUAUUUUUCAAAAAGUAGUUUCAAAACAAAUCAUGUAUAUCUAAAAAUAUAUCAAUCGUUAAUUCAUUUUUAAGAGUGGUUCUGAGAGUGGCAGUGCCAAUAAUAAUAAUGAAAAAAAAUACUCGAAUUAUUAUAAGGUUAUUGGUAUAGUUUGAGAAUAGGAAUCGCACUUUUCUAUGUUCUUUUUUUCAUCGUUGCAUAUAUGUAUAAAGGGAGCAAAAAAACUCGAAA